AUGAAAUCCCUCUACUUUUCCGCAGAGGAAGGUUCUAGCCUUUUAGGGUUGUUGUUUUCUGGUGUUUGUUCUGCUAAUUCCGGCGGGCGAGAGAUGGCGGUUUGGUCGUACCCGCCGACGCGGAAGCAAGUGGUGGCGACGGUUUUGCUGUUUGCGGCCGGGGCUUCGCUGUUCGGGUAUGGUGCGUACUUGUCUCUGGCGAAUGUUGAGCCUCAACGAGCCCGAGCUAAAGCUCGAAGCGAAUUUGUGAGGGAGCGGCUCCGGAAGGUGAUCGGUGACUAG